UUGGCCUCUCCCUCAAUAUAAACACCGCCGGGAGUUUCCGAAAAAUCACAUUCAGCCGUCCAGACUGAACAAUGGUUAACAUGAGCUAUCACCAAUUUUUACUAAAAUAUCCACAUUCGAGUUCAAGACAGUCGAGAAGGCGAGCGAAUAAAAGAAAAAGGAAUUGUUGGGACAAGUUAUCACCAACAAAUUGGCAGACUUGAUUAACAGAGACUUUCUAAAGGUCCAGUGUGAACCGUGUGGCCGAGUACCUGUGUGUUGCGACUGACUGGCGAGAUGACUGCCGAGUGGCUACACCUGCCCCCGCCGUACCCCCCUGGCGUGGGGCCGUUGUGUGGUGCAGAGUUGGAGGCGUGGUAUGAGGACCUGCAGGAUAUUCUGGGCUCUGACACGGGAGGGGCAAAACUGGCACGUGCCCCCACAUGCACCGAGAAAGAGCCGGAGUUUCUGGAUGUUCUGGAGAGUUGUUCUCUGACGUGGCUGACGGACGGAGGCCAGACGUGGGGCGAAGGUGUCCAGAGGGCAACAGAGGAGAUCCACAACACCCAGCCUCUUCAUCACACCUCAUCAUCAUCCUCCUCUUCCUCCUCCUCCUGCAUGAGUCCAGCUGUUGCAGAAGAGCGGCGGGCGGAGGCUGAGAGCGGCAGAAGUGGAGACAGCUCGACAGGAGGCGGCAGUGAUCUGCUGCCUCCGGAGUUUUUCGAGUUGCUGAGUGAAGGAGGAGUGGGAAUGGUGGAUCCGAGCGGAGCGGUGAUCAGCGGCGGCUAUUAUUACCACCACCAUCAACACCAUCAAUCUAAUAAUGUCCAUCCUGCAUCUCCCUCUGCCAGCGAGGAGGAACUGCCCUGUGUCCCCGAUUCUCCAUCCUGCUCCUCCUCGGCCUCCCAGUCGCCAUCUCAGAAUUGUUCCUCUCCCUCCUCACCUGUCUCUUCUCCCUCCGUCUACCCGUCCUCCCGGCUGGGAAAACGUAAGAGGACCACCAGCGAGAGGGCCAACGGUGCCUUGUCCUCAAUCGCCUCCUCCACGCAGCACACAUCCUCAUCCUACUCAUCUGCCAAAAAGAGUCGCAAAGAACGAGAGCAGGAGAACGAGAGGAAAGUACAGGAGCUGACGGAGCAGAACGAGCGCUUGAAAGCGGAGAUUGAAAGGCUGGGAGAGGAGGUACAGAGGACACGUAGAGCCUUGAUAGAGAGACUAGUCAACACCAGGAAAUGAGGAAAAAUGAGACAGGAUGGAAGACAGGAAUAAAAGAUGACAUGACAGGUCCUACAGAAUUGGAAUAAGCAGUGGUGGGGAAAGGUGUAAUACGGUGGUCAUGAAAUGCCUCUUAAAUCAGGAAAGGAUGGAAACCAAAGAUAUAUUUUAUAAGCAAGAGGAUUUUUUGGAAAAUACAGAGCUUAAAAUGGCAAGAAAUAGGAAAGUGAUGAAAGUCAAGACAAGAGAGGGCUCAGAGAGAAGGGGCUGCAACAGCAAUGCGGCAAAUAAAAAGACUCAGCAUGUAUAAAGGAAAAGGAAGAACAGACAGCUCUAAGUGCAAAUGAUAGCGCGGUUUUGAUGCAUGUUUGUCAUUUUAAAGAAUGCCUAACAUAACUUCCACCAAAUGAGGUGGAAGAAAUAACAGUUAUGAGCAUUUGAUGACUUGUAUGUUGGACAGAAAGGAACUUAAUUCAGAGAGUGCAUUUCAUUGUCAUCUGUUCCCACCAUUUUGCAAUAAUUGUAACUCCUACGUUAAGGGCUGCAAUUUGGCUAGCAGAGAUUAUUUGCCCCAAUUUGUGGAGAGUUUAGGAGCUCAGGAAAAGUUUGAAAGUGCCCAGUGCAGUGUGAGUAUGAGAGAAUGAUGUUUUUGGGAGAGAAUUCAUAAUCUUUCUUACUUUUUUAUAACCCAUGGCUUGUGUGUAUGUGUAUUUAGAUAAAGUAAGUAGGACCCGGCUAUACUUUCUAAGCUGACCUUUUUCUAUCAAUAUGGGAAUAUGUGGUAGAAUUACCACAAGUUGUUUUACCCUGAUUUACUAUUUUUAUAUAACGCUGUAAUAUAUAUACACAGUUGUACUGUAAUGGCUUGUACUGUAAAAUGCCAACAUAUCCACUGUUAUUUUCUCAUUGCAGUCAUAUAAAUUGUUAAUUGUAGAAUAAUAUGCAUGGCUUUUAUCAUCAAUGGCAUCAAAUACAUGUAUUUUACCAUAUCGUUUAUUUUAUCUCUCAUUGUAAUCCUAAAUUUGCAAUAAAACAAAAAAAUGUGCAA